AUGACACGGACACUACUCAGCGGCCGCGCCCUCGCCGUCCUCGCCCUCAUCGCCGUCAUCGCCGCCGCCUCCUUCUCGAACGCGAGCCCGGUCGACGCGCUCAAGAGCCUGCCACCGCCAGGGCCGCCAGGGCCCAAUGACCCUCCCAACCGGGUGUACGACGGCCAUGCACGGCUCGCAAGCGCAGUGGGAUGGGCCAGCAUCGCUUCAUGGAUCCUUGUGUCCGUCGAUCAGAUCGUUCUCUGCUACAAAGAGCAGAGCGGCGAGUCGCUCUCGUUGCUCUUCCUCGCCAUCUGGCUCACCGGCGACAUCACCAACCUCCUCGGCUCGCUCUGGCAAGGCCUCAUCCCGACCGUGAUCAUCCUCGCCCUGUACUACACGUUCUGCGACGUCAUCCUCAUCUUCCAGGUCUUCUAUUACCGCCGCAAGCGCCGCCUGCACCCCGAGCUUUACGAGUCGCUCGCGACGUCGGACGGUCUCGCCCCGCCCGAGGCCAACGGCGCGCCCUCAAUCGCCUCGGAGCAGACGCCGCUCAUGUCGUCCUUCUCGGCGCACGCCCCGCUCGAGGCGGCCCUCUCGCCGGCGCUGCAGCACACCAAGGACGUCCUCAGCUACGCCGGCGGCUUCGUCCUCAUCCUCGUCGUCGGCGUGGUUGCCUGGUUCGUCAACGCCAAGGCGGCGAGGAAGGGCCGCGUCGAGGAGGUGUGGGACACGAGCGCCCAGGUCGUUGGCUGGAUCAGCGCCUUCCUGUACCUCGGUUCGCGCCUGCCGCAACUCGCCCUCAACCGCAAGACCAAGUGCGCCGGCCUGUCGCUCCUCAUGUUCGCCUUCGCCGUCUGCGGCAACGGCACCUACGUUGCAUCCAUCCUGCUCACGAGCACGUCGCCUCAGCACAUCCUCGUCAACGCGCCCUGGCUUCUCGGCUCGGGCGGCACCAUCUUCCUCGACUUGGUCGUCCUCGGCCAGUUUGUCGCCUACGCCAAGGAGCGCCGGCUCGAGGCGGCGCAGCAGGGCGUCUUUGCGCGAGACGACGAGUCGGCGCUCGUUGACGACGUCGCCGACGAGGCGUAGAGCGGUUGCGCAUGCGCGAGGCGGGCGAGGCGGCGGAGGGUCGGCGUGUCGCGAGCUCGAGUCUGGGGCGGACUUUGCGGCUCGCGCUCGAACCUGGGCUACGCCGCUGUGUAGAAGCGUGCCACGCGGUUGCAUUUCGACGUUUAGACAUGAUGC